UCAGUAAAUAGUGGUGAUGUCAUGCAGGCAAGAUGGCGGAAGGGGAGGACGUGGGCUGGUGGCGGAGCUGGCUGCAGCAGAGCUACCAGGCAGUCAAGGAGAAGUCCUCCGAAGCCUUGGAGUUCAUGAAGCGAGACCUGACAGAGUUCACGCAGGUGGUGCAGCAUGACACGGCCUGCACCAUUGCGGCCACGGCCAGCGUGGUCAAGGAGAAGCUCGCUACCGAAGGCUCUUCGGGGGCAACAGAGAAAAUGAAGAAGGGGUUGUCUGACUUCCUAGGAGUGAUCUCCGACACCUUUGCUCCCUCACCGGACAAAACCAUAGACUGCGAUGUCAUCACCCUGAUGGGCACGCCCUCUGGCACAGCUGAGCCCUAUGAUGGCACCAAGGCUCGCCUCUAUAGCCUGCAGUCAGACCCGGCAACCUACUGCAAUGAACCAGAUGGGCCCCCAGAAUUGUUUGAUGCCUGGCUUUCCCAGUUCUGCCUGGAGGAGAAGAAGGGGGAGAUCUCAGAGCUCCUUGUAGGCAGCCCCUCCAUCCGGGCACUCUACACCAAGAUGGUCCCAGCAGCUGUUUCCCAUUCAGAAUUCUGGCAUCGGUAUUUCUAUAAAGUCCAUCAACUAGAGCAGGAGCAGGCCCGGAGGGAUGCCCUGAAGCAACGGGCAGAACAGAGCAUCUCUGAAGAGCCUGGCUGGGAGGAGGAAGAAGAGGAGCUUGUGAGCAUUUCACCCACAUCUCCAAAAGAGGCAAAGGUUCCUGUGGCCAAAACGUCCACACCCCCUGAAGGACCACCUGGCCCCCUGAGCCCCCGUGAAGAGAAUCCGGUGACUGCAGCUGAGCCUCCCGCAGAGGUGACUCCGUCCGAGAGCAGCGAGAGCAUCUCCGUCGUCACGCAGAUUGCCAAACCUGACGCUGCAGCCGAGGCACCGGUGCUGCCCAAGGACCUGUCCCAAAGGCUCCUAGAGGCAUCUCUGGAGGAACAGGCCCUGGCUGUGGAUGUGGGUGAGACCGGCCCCCCGCCCCCAGCUCCAUUCAAGCCCCACACCCCUGCUGGCCGCCCCAGUGGCCCGGAGCCCAGGCCUCCAGCCAGAGUAGAGACUCUGAGGGAGGAGGUGCUCACAGACUUACGAGUGUUUGAGCUGAACUCGGACAGCGGGAAGUCUACACCCUCUAACAAUGGAAAGAAAGUUCCAGGCUCAAGCACGGACAUCAGCGAGGACUGGGAAAAGGACUUCGACUUGGACAUGACCGAAGAAGAAGUGCAGGUGGCGCUCUCCAAAGCGGAUGCCUCUGGGGAGGUGAGUGGGCCUGGCUGGCCUCAGGGAAGCCAGCCCCAGGGAUCCCAGUGUCUGAGGACGCUCCCUGUCAGGCCCAGCUGUCCCCUAAGGGUGGAUCCCUGCUUCUCUCUGAGAUGGCAGCUUUGGGGAGGGUGCUGGGGCCUCCCACUCAGGCCCUGCACUGUUCCCAUCAGCAGGCUUUGCUUCCCCUUCAGCUCCAGGAUGGAUGGUGGGAGAGUUUCUGACAUUAGCUCUACAUGAAAGUCACCUGAUGAGCUACUACAAAAUAUAUAGACUCUAAACCCUGCCCCACAUCUUCUGAUUCGUGGUCCCCAGAGAUGGGACCUGAACAGAUUUCCUGGCCUUGCAGCAAAAGACAGAUCUAGGGCAAGUCACUUAACCUGAGCUUCUGUUUUCCCCUCAAAAACCUAGAACUGGCCCAGGAGGCUUGUCAGUCAUGAUAGAUAAUGCACAUAGACAUGGUAGGCAUCGUGCCUCGGACGUGGGAGCACACAGUGACAUUACUGAAGCCACCACAAAACCCAUCCAGCUAGAAGCUCAGAGGCCUUCCUACUCUUACUCUUCAUUACUUGCCAGGGUCAAGAAUGGGUCAUUUUGAAUGAAAGGCAGGGGGGAAAGCUCUCACAGCUACUGUGUGACAGGACUGAGGCUCCAGCCCGGACAUCUGAUGCAAGUCAGUGUUUGUUGCACUGUCACAUGAGAACCACACGAUUCCUUCCAUCAUGUGGCUCACAUGCUGUAAAGAGGGGAACAGAUGAGAGACACAGGCAGGGCUUCGGUUUUCAUAUUGGAAAACAAGCCUGGGGAGAGGUAGAGACCUUCCCAAGAGUCUUUGGCUCCUGUGACCUCACUAUACCCAGGGCAGGGAAGGCCCCUGAUGCCCUCUCAUGUCACAGGGGCUUGAUGCCUUCUGUGUUUUUGUGGCGCUCUAUAAAACCUGACAACAUAAAUACCUAAGCAGAGUCAUUCUACCACCUCUCGUACCCGGGAUCAGCUGACAGCAGGCCAAUAGAAAGUUCCCUGGGGAGGCUUCAGUUGGGGAGUCAGGUGCUAGAGCCCCUGAGGAAGACCCUGUGAGCACCCGCAGCACAGGGCCACCUUGCUGCUGAUCCCAGUGCCACUCUCCAUUUCUCCUUAAGGGACUGACCAGCUCGGUUCCGAAGGCAAGGUGUCUCCUUCUAGCUUCCCCCCUUCCAUCAAGCUGGUGGAAGCAUUUCCUUUGGGUCUGAAGUGAUGAGAGCAGUAGACCCACCCCUUAGGCCGAGAGCAACUCUGCUCCCCAGACACAUUCCUUAAGACAGUGGUUCACUGUCACAGAGGGCAGGAGGGUAUGGCUCAAGGCAGGGCUCGCGGGCGGGGAGGGGCGGGGGGAGGCCGGGCUGCUAUUUAGGGGAGGGCUCUCCGAAAACGGAGGCAGCAAGGGGAGCUUGGGUCUGGGCUUGACUCAGAGGAGUAAAUAUGUGUUUGUGCUCUCCAUUAUCCCCUCCUUUCUGCAGCUGGAAGAUGUAGAGUGGGAGGACUGGGAAUGAGGGGAGCCAGAGCGUGCAGCUCCCCCGCCCACAGAACCUCCCACCCCCUCGCUCGUCUCAGCCCAGCCCUGGAAGACACUGACUGAGAAUGUCCCCCCAAUGGCCUCUGUCAAUCAGAGCUCUGGGCACAGAUUCUGGGUGGCUCCUUGCUGGUCCUUUGGGCCUCUGCUCACGUCUGGGAAGGGGCUCACUAAAUCCAAACCAGGAACUCUGACUUGUGCCAACCAUAGGAUGACUUAAGGGGGAGGAGACCUACCCGCCUCACCAGAAGAGCCUACUUUUCUCUGCUGAACACCCACUGUUCUCGGAGACUCUUGCUGGGAAGUCCCAAGGGAUAACUCUAGCCCUCUACCUGUGUAGACAGAAGCUAAGCAGCAGUCUCUUGGAGGACGGUGAUACAACGCUCUGUCCACCCAUAAGCAGGCAAGGAAGGCCAGCCUACCUGUCCUUGGCUAGACAGGGAUGGGAGGCAUGUUCUGGUUCCUAGCCCAGUGAGUAAGAGGCAUUCGUCUCUGGGAAGCUUGCCUCUGUCGGGGAUCUCCCCCUUCCAGGCAUUUUCCAGUCCCAGAGAGGUUCCUUGUGGUUCCGAAUCUAGAGACCAAACCCUGAGUUCCCACCUCCUUCUUUUUGUCCGGCCCAGGCUGGUAUGUCCCCGAUGCCUCUCCCAGGGCUUCUUCGUGUCGGAUGCACCCAAGUCCUUAGCCCAGCUGUGCCGCCUGCAGGAGUCUGCUCUUGCGUUUCUUCCCCUCCCCAGGAAGGGAGGGCUCACUUCAGGCCCUUCUGUGCAUUGCCUGGUGGGAUACCUUGUCCAACCAGCUACCCACCUCGACCCCCUGUAGCUUAGGACACAAGCCAGCUACCAGUGGUACGGAGCAGCGCUCAAAGCCGAGUACUUACAGCGCCGGUGGGCCCACCUUCUCCGCCUCAGCCCUUCUGCUUCUUGAAGGGCUAUGCGGGGGGUGAACUUGUUGAGACUCUCAUCAGGCUUCUGCAAAAGCUCUUCUUCCUGAAGACUGACCCAGUCUUUGUGGCUCUCACCCUGCACUCUGGUCAAGCUGUUCCUCUCUUGGGGAAUGAGGGGCUGCGGGAAUUCCUGGAGACCCUGGUGCUUCAUGAUGCUGCUCUGGUGAAUCUCGUACAUAAUCUGGUGUACUCACCAAUGAUUUAAAGGGAUUGUGGUCAGGUAUGCCAAGAGAGUGGUGGUCACUUCCACGUCAAACCUUCAGUGAGGGGGUGGGAUGGAAAGAAUGUUGAAUCUUUUUUUUUUUGACGGGAUGGGGUAUUUCUCUUUGUAAUUAUUUCUUUAGUUUAAUUAACCUUUGGUUGUUUGUGCAAUAUUAUAUAUUUUAAAUUAUAAUGCCUCUCCCCAGAGUAUUUUGUAGCCAGGAAAAGAAAAAAGGAAAAAAAAAAAAAAAGAUUCUAACAGCUGUUAGUUUUGUAAUUAAAAAAGAAAGAAAAAAGAACUUUGUCCUGAACCUUUUCCAGACUUGCUGUUAACAGCAUUAAAGAGAUUCAACAGAA